CUCACACUUGGUGGCGCUGACUGCUUUCUCUUGGCAAUCAUGGCAUAUGAUCGCUAUGUGGCCAUCUGCCACCCACUGCACUACACCCUCAUCAUGACCCAGAAGCUGUGCAUCCAGAUGGUGGCGUGCGCUGUGGGCCUGGCCCUCCUCCUCUCCCUGCAGCUCACCUCCUUGAUCUUCACACUGCCCUUCUGUAGCCACCGCCUGGAAAUCAACCACUUCCUGUGCGACGUGCCUCCCAUCCUGCGGCUGGCCUGUGCGGACAUCCGCGUGCACCAGGCCGUGCUCUAUGUAGUGAGCAUCCUCGUGCUGACUGUCCCCUUCAUUCUCAUUUCUGUGUCCUAUGUGUUCAUCACCUCCUCCAUCCUGCGCAUCCGCUCUGCCGAGGGCCGCCGCCGGGCCUUCUCCACCUGCUCCUCGCACCUCACCAUGGUCUUGCUGCAGUAUGGCUUCGGUGCCUUGGUCUACCUGCGUCCCCAGUCUAGCUCCUCGGUGGAUGAGGACCGCCAGUUUGCCCUGGUCUAUACCUUUGUCACCCCCCUACUUAACCCCUUGAUUUACACCCUUAGGAACAAGGAUGUCAAAGGUGCCCUGAAAAAGUCCUUCAGUAGAAAAGGAACAGCUGAAACUCUCUGA